AUGAAAACCCCCCGUCGUUUCUGCGGGCGACAGAAGGCCGGUGGGGUGUACAUCCACCUUGGGUUGAAAGCAGGUUUGCUGCAACAGCUCCGUGACAUCCAGACUACGGUUACAAAUAUCGAAAUUCAAAUUAACGUUGACGGUAUCGGGCCUAUAACAACUCGCAUACUCAGCCUUUCGUCGUGGGAAUAUACUGUGUGCAUUAUUUGUGAUAGUCCUGCUAGGGCCUUUCUGAAGCAAGUGAAGGGACCUACAGGAUAUUAUGACUGUGAUUAUUGUACACAAAAGGGUGCGCACAUUGGCACACGUGUGACUUUUCCCUCGUUGACAGCUCCCUUGCGUCGUGACUAUGAUUACCGGACCAGAAAGCAAGAGAACCACCAUAUAGGUCCAAGUCCGAUGAAGGAGUUAAAUUUUCCCAUGAUUGACGGUUUCCCACCAGAUUACACGCACAGCGUGUGUCUUGGUUUAGUGCGGAAAUUUCUCAUCUUACUCGGAGCUAUGCCAAUUGGACACAAGGCCGGGCUUUCUCUGGAGUCCUGGAAUCUGCUGAAUGAUAACAUUGAGCAACAGAGUUUGGCUCUGAGUAUUGAUUUCCUCCGAAAAUGUAGAGGUGCCGUAGACCUGGAUCGGAGGAAAGCAUCUGAGCUACGACAGUUUCUUCUGUACAUAGGCCCCGUUGUUUUACGAGACAUCUUACAUCCUGACGUUUACGAAUGUUUCAUGUAUUUUUCGGUAACCACUUUCAUAGGCUGUUCACCUUUUUCACAACAUUAUGCUAAUUUUUUAAUUGAUGUUUCCAAGGUUGCUGUGUCAAAAUUUGCUGCUAUUUUUGGUCCCAGCCAUUUAGUGUACAACAUACACCUCUUCUCCCAUUUGAUCAAUUUCGUCAAGCUUUAUGUUUGCUUGGAUCGUUUUUCCUGUUUUCCCUAUGAAUCGGAGUUGGGUCAUUUGAAGCAUUACAUAUAUGGUCCAAAACCACCGGCCGUUCAGCUCUACCACCGACUGUCCGAGCGUGUGGGAUUAGAUGCUGUCGAAAGGAAGGUAUUUUUGGAUGAUGUUGGUUUGCGACUUAGGCCAUUGGCCACUGCCGGAUGUCGCAGGUUUAUUCAUAUGGAUGUCGUUUUUUCGAAAAACUUUCCCGACAACUGCAUUUUGCUUGAUAGUCAGUCAGCUGUCGUUGUAGAUUUUUCUAAAGAUACUAUUGUGUACCAGAAAUUCAAAACCGUUCUCCCGUUUUACACUCACGUAUUGAUUUCGACGGACGUUUUAGUUUUUCACUGCUCCGACUUGCAACACACUCGGCUGUUUGCAUCAGUCGACCAAACAUCUUGUAAAUGCUUAAGUUUUUCCCGCACAGACACUCAAACUUUUCCGGAUGCACUGAGUGCUCAGCAGGAUGCCCUUGACUCAGGGCAUACCUCCUCCGCGGAGCAAAACGAUGAAAGGCUGGCUCGUCAAUCCAGGCAAAAACAGUAUAUUUAUGAAUCGUAUUACAAUGGUUGCAGUGCAAAGAAACGGCUGCCGUCUGAUUUUGCGGGCGGGUCGGAUCGUGAUUCCCGUGCUGACACCACUUUGUUUGCGAACAUAGUCAUGAGCACACCAAGUCCAAAAAGGCUAUGUACCAAUCCGACUGCAAAGGUUAGUAGUCUCAUUCUUGUUCGAGACGCGCCAUCCGUCCCUCGUGAUGCCCCGGUGAUAUGUGGAACAACUAACCCUCCAAAUUCCAAGGCCAGCGUAAUUUCCCCGGAUCUGGCCAACCUCAUUCUCAAUUACCAUGUUCUAAUUAAACUAUCUUAUAGAGAAUUUAGAGAGGAUUUACUCGUCGCUCCAAAGACUGCACACGAAGAUAGACGCUUCAGUACCACUAGCAGUUCUGAGGCACUCAACGAGCCCCCUCGUCCGCUUUCAUCCAUGGAUGAUCUCCAAGAGUAUGAGGAACAUCUAAGAGAUGGUCCACGCUAUGCACAGCUGGAGGCUGGCGAUGUACAAGUGUACGUGACCAACGUGCUUACGCGGACGUUGGCUCCAAGGCUGGCCGUACUACUCAACUGGCGCGGAAUAAAUGACAAAGAAGCCUUCGGGCCAACCAGGCUGGCCCAAGGACUUAUUUACGCGACAACUGAGAAAUUUCCGAACACAAAUCCGCGACAAAUAAAGGAAAUCGUUCAUCGCUGA